AUGCUGCUGCUGAGCGCUCCUCCUACAACUAAAUAUUUCUCUGUGAAAUGCACCCACAAUGUUCAGUACCUCAUCAGUCCUCGGCCUGAGGAGACCUCCCACCUGAGUCCUGUGCCUCUCACAGACAACUCUGUCCUGCUCAUCUCUAUGAAAGAAGCGAGUGACCAUGAAAAUGACAACAAGCUUUCAGUCCGGUAUUAUGACACUGACAAGAAUGUCUUGGACAAAGCAGUUCUGCACUUCACCGCAGUCGAAAUCUGCCUGGAUGUGGAUGCGGACAGAGAUGGUGUAGUGGAGAAGAACAACCCUGAUAAGGAUUCUUGGAAAUGGGGUCCACGUGGUCAUGGAGCAAUCCUACUGGUCAACUGUGACUCAGAGUCUGUGAAUAGGAAGAGACCGGACAGCGAAAGAGACCACGUUAUUCUGUCUUCGGAUGUUAAGGACAUGUCUCCAAUGAUGCUGAGAACUAAAGGCCCUGCCAAGCUUCCAGAGGGUUACAAACUCAUCCUGCACAUCUGCCAAAGUGACGCAGAGAAAAUCAGAGUCUUCCUAGCAGCUAGUGGAUCUCACUAUCCACAAGUGCUGUCCAGUGCAGCGCUCAGCUGCGAAAUCCCAUACAUGGGAGAUGAGGAGAUCAAAUUGUUUGUGGAGGGAAUAGCAUUUCCUGACAAAAACUUUGAUGGUGUAAUCCGUAUCCACCUCAGUUUAUUAGAACCAAUCUGUGAAGGAAUUCCGGAAACUCCGAUCUUUACAGACACUGUGAUGUUCAGAGUGGCUCCGUGGAUCAUGACACCCAACACCCUCCGGCCGCUGGAGGUGUUUGUGUGCAGCACAAAGGAUAACUAUAAAUUCCUGAAGGACAUGAAGAGGCUUGUAGAGCGCAGCGGUUCUAAACUGAACAUUUGCUACGAGUCUAUGAAUCGGGGAGAUCGCUGGAUACAGGAUGAGCUGGAGUUCGGCUAUAUCGAUUCUCCACAUCACUCCUUUCCAGUCGUUUUGGAUUCUCCCAGAGAUCGAGAACUCAAUGACUUUCCGUAUCACGUGCUUUUGGGCCCAGAUUUUGGUUAUGUGACAAGAGUGCCACACCGGAAAGAUGUGAGUAGCUUGGACUCUUUCGGAAAUCUUGAAGUAAGUCCUCCUGUCACCGUCAAUGGAAAGGAUUAUCCCCUGGGCAGAAUUAUCAUCGGAGUCGCCUUUCCUACGGCAUCUAAAGGACGAAACAUGACUCAGGUAGUCCAGGACUUCCUGUGGGCCCAGACUGUCCAAGAGCCUGUAGCUUUAUAUUCUGACUGGCUUGAAGUGGGUCAUGUCGAUGAGUUUAUGUCCUUUGUUCCCGCCAAGGACAGAAAGGGAUUCCGCCUGCUGCUGGCCAGUCCAGAUGCAGGGUACAAACUAUUCAAAAAACUGCAGAACGAUGGUUAUGGUGAAGCCAAACUGUUUGAGGAUAUUCCAGACGAAACGCCGAUAUCAGUGAAUGAAAUAUUGGCUGAUAAACAAUUUGAAGCCGAAAAUAAUUACGUUCAGAGCUGCAUUGACUGGAACAGAGACGUGCUGAAGAAAGAGCUGGGUUUGGAGGAUGAGGACAUUAUUGAUCUGCCCAUUCUGUUUAAACUUGUUGACGACAAUGAUCAGUACAGAGCCCUGGCCUAUUACCCGGACAUGGUGAACAUGAUUGUCCUGGGGAAACACCUGGGCAUCCCGAAGCCGUUUGGGCCGAAAGUGAAUGGGACGUGUGCCCUGGAGCAGGAGAUGGUCUCUCUGAUGGGGGGCCUGGGCCUGAGCUGCACUUUCAUAGAUGAUUUUGCCUCUUACCACAAAAAACACGGAGAAGUGCACUGCGGAUCUAAUGUCCGCCGAGCUCCCUUUGAGUUCAAAUGGUGGAACAUAGAAAUGUGA